AUGAACUGCAUCAAAGCCCUACAAAGCGGUAUAUUUUCAUUUCGAUCACUUCCAAUAGUAAAUUUACCCUCAAAGCGGUUCAGGAGAAAAUUUCCCUGUGAUGUGUGCUGCCACACUCCGUAUAAGAAACCGUGUUUUGACAUAAACAGCGUUACUGUUGAACGAGCAACUGAUAAACAUGGCAGACUAAUAAAAUCAUUCCUCUAUAACCACUAUUGGCCGCGUGAACCUAGCGUCGUUGGACUAUGGAUGAGUCUUGACUGUCCCUACCUUGAAAUAAUCACGGAUAGAUAUUCUUUUUCUGGCGACCGGUUCCUUGCCUUUGAGUUAAUAAAGCGCACCAAUGAAAGAAAUUUGGCUGGUGUCUGCGUAGCCAACAAGACAUUCCCAUGGAUGAUAGGCGAGCUCGAAGAUUGGGCACACUUCACAGCAUCACAGCCUGAACGAAACAGAAUGUACUUCAUCGCCCAUUGCUUGAAGAGUCCUAAUUUAUUUGCGAAAUACAACGUGGACUAUUUGUAUGAUGUUGAAAUUCUUGGAACAUCAGACGAGGUAGCAGGUCAAGGAGUUGGCCGGCUUCUCCUGCAGACAGUCCUGAAACACGCAAACGAACUCCGACAUGCAGUGGUUCAAGUGAUUGCUGUUAAUCAAUAUACUGCUAGGAUCUGUGAAAAGUGUGGGAUGAAACGGGAAUGGUCGAUGGAUUACUCUGAGUUCGUGGAUGACGCCGGUCAGAGAGUGUUCUUCCCACGGCGGCCGCAUCAUACGGUUGCUGUUUAUGUGAAACAUUUUGAACCAUCGCUUGGUGGUCGUUUACCAUGCAAACCGCCAUACUUGAAGUAG